CGCAAAGUCGCUCCGGUGCGUAGUGCCAGUUUAGUAGUUUGGGGUAGGAGUAAUCGUAUGCGUUAGAAGUGUUCAGUUUAAGUGCACCGAUACCGACAGCUAGGUCGCACACAACGGCGCAAGUGACAACGACCGCACCAUAAGUCACCCGCAAGGACGCUCCCGCAGCACUCAGCUCCAGACGUCCCGUUUUGUUUGCCUUUGGAGCACCAGCGAGCCGUCCGUGGGUACCCCGUGUUGUCCCCUGCCCCGAGUACGUCCUUCACGAUGGCCGUUCGAUGUCUGCUGGUGUGGAGUCUGCUGGUGAUCGCCACCGCAUCCGCCGCGGGUGUCUACGAAAGACCCUCAUACAUUCUGCCCUGCCGACGAAACGAUCCAGAGAUCAACAAAUGCAUCCGGAACUCGCUGAACUUCGUCAAACCGUACGUUUCGCGAGGUCUGCCAGAGCUCAAGACACCACCGCUCGAACCGCUGCGCAUCGAGGAGCUGGCGAUGGAAAACAAUGCCGGUGCCGUGCGGAUAAAGGCCCUGUUCACGGACAUCGUGGCGCAAGGUGCCGGUAACUACACGAUCAAGGAGGUGCGCAGCGAUCUGAAGAAGCUACGCAUUGACAUGAGCAUCGCCAUUCCGCGGGUAGAGUCGCGCGGCAAGUACGAGGUGAUCGGCAAUGUACUGCUGCUUCCAGUGCGAUCGAACGGCGAGUUCUGGACGGAGUUCUCUGACAUCACCGCCAUUGCCAAGAUCUACGGUAAAGCUAUCGAACGGGACGGAGAAUCGUUUAUGGGCAUCGACAAGAUCAAUGUCGACUUUACGAUGAAGAACGCUCGCUUCAAGGUGAAGGAUCAUGUUAACACGCAGAACGUGCUGGGCGAAGCAAUCAACCAGUUCCUCAACCAGAACGCGAACGAACUGAUCCAGGAGAUGAGACCGGCGGCCUCCCAGAGCAUUGGCAAGCUGUUCCGAAAGUUCUUGAACGAUGCCUUCACCAACCUGCCGACGCGGUUGUGGCUGCUGGACGACUAGAACCCGUACGACUUGUUCUCCAAUUCGUAGCAUUAGCAUUCGUCUUUAAAGCAUAGGUGAUAUACACAGUGUAGUCUUAAGGAUCGCGUACCCGUGCCUAACGCCAAUACAAAACGAUUAUCGUGUAUCGUGUACUGUUUUUUUGAAAACUAAUCCACGUACAGGGGCGCCAUCUCUCGGCAAUGUUCUAGUUCGCAUAAAACUGAUGAUAAAAGAUUAUUAUAAAAUGGAAAUGAUAAAAUUUUAACAACACACCAACAUGUUGCACGAGAUCAAAUCUCAUCGUAACGCCCUUCUUUUUUUCAAUACAAUUCGAUCGACCACCACAAGGGUUAUGCUUGUGGUUUAGUGUGGCAAAACAAACAAACAAACUAAACGAAGAGAAACAAACAACACGAACAGCAAGGCGGACGCGAUCAUUUUUCUUAGAUUUAAGGUGUACAUACUUCGUCGUGAUGAUGCAAAGCGUGGCUGCAAAAGCGAUUUUCAAAACACAAAACCACAAUUUAAUAAAUCGAAA